AAGGGCUUGCUGGGAGUUGUGGUCUUCUGCGCAAGCGCCAGCCGAGCCCCUCUGGAGGUCUGCGCAGGAGGGGGUGAAUUGACUGACGUCUGAUUGGCUGUCCCGAAAAAUGAAAAGUCUUUGUGGGCCGAGGCAGGGACCCACCAGGAGACCGGGCGGGAUUUCGGGCCCCAGGAGGCGGGGCUUCUGGACUUCGGGCGCGAGCGGUUGAAAGACUGUUGGUGUCGGUUCGGUUGCUCUGGUCCGUUUCGUCGUCCCAGCUCACCCCCAUGGCUGACCCCGAGGAGUUGCGGGUUUCCUCACCGCCCGCGCCGCCUCCCUCUUCUCCUUCAUCUUCAGACACCUCUUCAGCAUCUUCCCCGGGCCUCCCAGUGAGUUUGGGCUGGCCAGUUCCGAGCAGGAGCAGCGGCCGAACGGUGGACCCACUGGAAGAAGUGGAGCUGCAGAUCGGAGACGCAGCAUUUUCAUUAACCAAACUUCUUGAAGCCACAUCUGCGGUAUCAGCUCAAGUGGAAGAGCUUGCCUUCAAAUGUACAGAAAAUGCACGUUUCCUUAAAACCUGGCGGGACCUUUUGAAGGAGGGCUACGAUUCUUUGAAGCCUGACAACUGAUUUGGCAUGCUUGCUUGUUUGCAUAAUGACUAAAAAUUCAUACUUCCUCAUAUGUGAUUUUGCACAUGUAGAAGAUGCUCUCUUUUUAGCAGUUUUGUGUACUCAGAAUGAAAUUUUUCUAGACUUUGUGAAAAUUGAGUCCUGAUUAUUUUUGAUGCUGACCAAUACGUGUUUAUCCUUAAAUACUUUGUUUUCUAAACUUCCAUAGAAUUUUUUAUGAAGGUUAAUUUCAUCAGUAGAUGGUUAAUAGUGCCACAGUGCUAUGAGUAGCAAACUAGUUAGCCCAUUAUAUGUUUUACAACAGGUUGGCUGAGUUUGACAUUGAGGUUUAUCUUAUAGACCAAGGGAGGUAACUUUAAGGUUGCCAGUGGUAAAUCUAGCUCCAUUAGGCUAUGUUUUCUGGAGCCAUUGAUUGUGAUUUUUACUUUUAGACCCUAAAAUAGUGUCAACACUAGCAAAAUAUUUGUUGAAUAAGAGUUGACAAAAAAUGAAAAGCUAUAUUUUUUCCCUAUAUUUAGCAUGAAGACUAAUUGUUUCUUUAAACAAAUG